GACACGAUUUUAAAUCGACUGUAAGUCCCACUGACACGCACGGGAACCCGUAAAAGCUGCUGGUUGAGUUUCUUUACUUCCAGACCAAACACUCCGCGCUGCGUGAUCGAAGAGAAAACAUUCCACUCUGCUAAUUGCUUCUUGUUUGUGGCUUUGACGUGCGCCUGAGAUUUUUGUGUCUUUCGUCCCUGGUUUCUUCUUGGUAGAUUUUAACAUGAAAGUGAGAGGUGCGUUCAUCAAACUCCCCUUCCAUAUCGUAAAGGCAAACCAUGAAAGGCAAAUGUCUUAAUAGUGGAAAAGGCCAGUUUUGGCAGCAGAGCGGUGCAGAGAAGGUUGUGGCUGAUCAGGUCACAUGGGGGGAUUUGAUAUGGGUCAGGCUCAAUGGUGGCUCCUGGUGGCCUGCACAGGUUAUUGAUGAGAACACUAUCAGUGAGAGCAUUAAACCUGGAAAUAAAUCAGCAGGGGAAGUUCUGGUUAGGCUCUAUGGAAGCUAUAAAUACUUGUACUUUGAUCCUGUAAAAUCUCAAUCUGAGUUUAAACGAAUACUUGAGCAGAAUAAUGGGUGUUAUUGGAAAAUUUUCAAGGAAGCCCUGGAGCAGGAUUGUCCUCGCUCAAAAUCUGGAAGAUCAAAGAGACAAGGAUCCAAAUCUAAGGCAAAGGUAAUAAUUGAUGCUUCUAGAGACAAGUUCAAUCAAAAUGAAGUAAAGGAUCAGGACAUAGAAGCCUCAAAUCAUGUAAUUGUUUCUACAAGAAGGCAGCUUCCAACCAUUACACCAAAAAUGAAGUUGAAGAUUGGAAAUUCUGAAAAAGCUGAGAAAGAAAAAAAUGAUGCCUCUAAGCAGGAUGGGAUAAGAAUGAAUCUCAAAGCAAAUAGGUCAAGCUCUGCAGAGGAAGAAGCAGAAAGUAUAGCCCCUAAUCAGGAUAGGUUGCAAAGGAAACUCAAAAGAGUUAGGUCAAGUGGCGAGGGUAAAAAAUCUAAUCAAAAUGUGGUGCAGAAGAAACUCAAGCUGGAUAGUCCGAACCUUGAGCCUACCAGUCAAAGGGCCAAGGAGGAAACAACCUUAUUCGGGAAGUCUCCAGAACUUAGUGCGCGGAGGGUGAAAGUGAUGCAAGGUCUGGGUCUGAUUGCUCCUUCUGGGUCACCCUUCUACAGAAGUGGACAUGUUUAUUUGCAGUUGUGCUAAUUGUUGGUACUGAUACAUUAUUCUUGUGCAAAGUCAUUAAUCUUGUAAUGUUCAGUUCAAACCUUGACAAGGUUGUUCACUUCAUGCAGUUGUGCUAAUUGUUGGUACUGAUACAUUAUUCUUGUGCAAAGUCAUUUAUCUUGUAAUGUACAGUUCAAACCUUGACAAGGUUGUUCACUUCAUUUCCUUGCUUAA